AUGGCCGAGCACCUGCGCCUCCGAAGUGCCUCAGAUAACAGUCGUCGAGCGGCUCACCCUCUGCACAACGCUGUGCACACGCUGCAGCCUGUGCACCGCGGGGGAACGGAAUCCCGGCCCCUCCCGGGGGCCACGGCCCCCCGCCCCUGGGCCGCCCUGACACCGCUCAACCCGCGGCAGCAGAGCCCAGCCGAGCUGCAGGCUGCGGCCUCUCUACCCAUCUCCGCUCGCACCCGCCGCAGGCUGCAGCGCCCGGGGCCGGGCAAAGCCUCCGCCCAGCCCAGCCCAGCCCCGCCGCGCCGGGCGAAUACUACAUCUCCCAGCACCGCCUGCAGCGCGAGCCUGCGCGUGAGCGGGGCACCGGGCUCUGCCUUGCUGCGGCCCGGGCCCCACGUGGGUAGAGGGGAAGCGCGGCUCCAGAAAGCCGGGCCGGAGCCGCCGGCCCUUGGCCUCCACGGUGCAUCUUUAGUCUGGGCGAGCCCGGCCCGGAGCGUGGCUGAGAUGGUGCACGGGAAGCUGGGGCAUGUUAUGGCCAACCCAGCAGCAGCUAAACUGCUCUCUCUGAGCGGGCUGUUUGCUGUGUAUAAACCCAAAGGGCCCACUUCAGCUAAUGUGCUCAACCAGCUGAAGGAGAAGCUGCUGGCAGAAGCUGGUAUACAAAAGUGUGCAAGAAAAAGGAAAAAACAGAUUUUGAAGAUUGGACAUGGUGGGACUCUAGAUAGUGCAGCUGCAGGAGUUCUGGUGGUCGGUAUUGGAAAAGGAACUAAAAUGCUGAGCAGUAUUUUGGCAGGUUCCAAGAAGUACAUGGCCAUUGGGGAACUGGGAAAAGCUACCGAUACAUUAGAUGCUACAGGAAAAGUAACUGAAGAAAAGCCUUAUGAUCAGAUAACAAAAGAAGAUCUUGAACGUGUGCUGCAAAAGUUCACAGGGGACAUAAUGCAAGUUCCUCCACUCUAUUCUGCUCUGAAGAGAGAUGGACAAAGGCUGUCGUCUCUGAUGAAGAAAGGAGAAGCAGUGGAAGCAAAGCCUGCUAGACCGGUUGUGGUGUACAGCCUCUCUCUCCAAAACUUCCAGCCACCGCUGUUCACGCUGGAUGUUGAAUGUGGAGGUGGCUUUUAUGUGAGAAGCCUGGUCAGUGACAUUGGAAAAGAACUCUUUUCCUGUGCCAAUGUGCAAGAGCUGACCCGAACCAAACAAGGACCAUUUACACUAGAGGAGCAUGCACUUCAUGAAGACAAAUGGACAAUUGAUGAAAUUGCACAGUCCUUGGAGCAUUGCAUGUCUCUUCUGGCAGAAGAGCCAUCUCUUAAAAAAUUAAAGACUGAACAUUCUGAAGAAUCCACUGUGAAUUGUGAAGAUAAGUGAUGUCCGGUCAAGGAAAAAGACUGAAUGAUUGAGACAUUUUAAGAUUGGAGUAGGAUUGUCUUGCCUUGGUGUGUAAAUUUACAACCUUGUGCAUUGAGGAUGACAAAUUGCAAGGCAAAGAAAACGAUCCUUUUCUAUCUUUUUCUUGUGCUAAGAUACAUGCACGCGCACUGUCCAGCAUUUAUUAUUUCCUCACUCAUAUUCUGCACUGCACAUUGUAAAUGGGUCUGCUACUAAUGUAAACUAUUCAUUGUACUCUUGAAAGACCUUGCAAGAUACAUUUUUGAUACUACAUUUGAAAUAGAACGUUUAAGUUUAAAUUUUGUGAAAUGUUCCUGGAAGGGGGAAAUAAUUCAUUUUCUUUCUGUAGCUGUUAGUCAAAUUCAGAUAUUGGAAAAUAGAAACAGAAUUCCAUGCCAAUUUGAAAGAUGCAAAAAUGUGGAAUGGCACUUUUAUUUUGAGUUCUUAUGAGAUUUCUUGAAAUAGAAAUGAUCCCCUUGUAGUCCUUAAUACAUGCAUUGGUCUGUCAAUGGAAUUUCACUGAGGGGCUGGUCAGCAUUGCCCUGAAUGAGUUGUGAUAUAAUAAAUACCAUGAUGAAAAUUUCA